UCUUCCAAUCGUAAAAGAAUCGAGCAGACCUUCCCACGAAUGUUACACGGAUUUUGUAAUCGUCCCAAUAUAUAAUUAACGAUAAUUUAAUUCAAGACGACACCUAUCUUCCUGCGUUUUAUCUCUUUAUUCUUUUUUUUUUCCGCGUUUAAAGCGUGUAAAUCGAAACGAAACAAAGAGAACCUUGUUAUUUACGGUAUUAAAUGAUUAAUCGCGGGAACUGAGAAUCUGAGCAAACGUUUGAUCAUAUACGUGGAGAAUAUAUUCGAAAACGACGCAAUACUUUGUUACCUAAUUCGACAAAAAAAAUAUGCUAACCGCGGCUAAAAUCAAAACCAUCUAUUUCCAAGGAAUUUGCACGUCAAUCUCGAAAACUUCUUCUUCGCGGUCAGCAAUUAUGCGCAAUACUAAUUGGCGGUGAACGCGCCUCGAAAAUUAAGGGGUUAUCGAGAAGAAGAAGAAGAUGAAGAAGAAGAAGAAGAAGAAGAAGAAGAAGAAGAAGAAGAUGAAACAGCAAGUAGACGGUUACACGCCUGGUGUGGACUAUCCGAUCUACGACUCGGUGCCUUUCGGUCUCACGUUUACCUGCGGAGGCAAGUUACCUGGUUAUUACGCCGAUCCCGAAGCUAGAUGUCAGGUCUGGCAUUGGUGCUUGCCAAAUGGGCGCAUGUUUAGCUUCCUUUGUCCAAACGGUACCGUUUUCAGCCAGUCAGCUCGCGUCUGUGAUUGGUGGUUCAAGGUUGAUUGCAACGAUUCGCCAAGAUUGUACGGUAUCAACGAUGACCUGUACAGAGACGUGAACGGGAAUAAGAUCUAAUAACUGUUAUCUGUGAAUAUUUAAACGCGUGUCGACGAAAAGUAUUUCCGUCUCUUCGACGAGACAGUAUUUCAACGGAAGCAAGAUACCAACGAGUUGCGAGUUUCUAGCUUGCCGACGGAGAAAAGCAGAGCGCUGUAAUAUUGUCAGACGUUAAAUUACACGACGACGAUCGAACGUUACAAAAUGUUCGAACUUGUAGCUAUAUUUUCGAAUAGAAUCAGUUAAAAUUUUUCCGAGAAAUUAAUCCAAAUUGCUCUUAAUCUCUUUAUAACAAAUUUGAUUCCUCAAUAAAGAACAACAGAUGCAUUAA